AUGAUAUAUCGACAAUAUUUGUUAACACUUAUAUUUGGUUUAAAUUUUUCUUUUUGUUAUUCAAAAACAAAAACAACAACAACAACAUCAUCAUCAUCAUCAGCUCAAAUACCUGUUACUAAAGAUUGGCUUAUUGAAUUUCAACAAAAAAUUGAACCAGAUGAAGCGAAACGAAUUGCUAAACGAUAUGCCAUGGUUAGCAAAGGACCGGUUCUGAAGGAUAAAAAAUUAUAUCAUUUUGUUGAUUUAAAACCAAUUCAUCAUAGACGAAAACGAGAUACAAAUCAAGAACAAUUUAUUGAACGACAUGAACUAGUAAAACGAGCUAUUCAUCAAGUGGGUUAUGUACGAGCAAAACGUGGCUAUCGAAGUAUUGAAGAUUUAAAAGAUAUAUAUCCCGAUUAUACACCACCAACUGAUCCCUAUUUUCAAUUUCAAUGGUAUCUGAGAAAUGAGGGUCAAGCAGGCGGUAAAAAAAGAUUAGAUUUAAAUGUAGAAGAAGCAUGGGCAAUGGGUUAUACAGGAAAAAAUAUAACAACAGCAAUUAUGGAUGAUGGAGUCGAUUAUACACAUCCAGAUUUAAUGAAUAAUUAUAAUGCUGCUGCCAGUUACGAUUUUAGUAGUAAUGAUCGUUAUCCUUAUCCACGUUAUACUGAUGACUGGUUCAAUAGUCAUGGUACAAGAUGUGCUGGAGAAAUAGCAGCGGCUCGUGAUAAUAAUAUCUGCGGUGUUGGUGUUGCAUAUGAUUCAACUGUAGCAGGUAUUCGAAUGUUGGAUCAACCCUACAUGACUGAUCUGAUUGAAGCAAAUUCAAUGGCACAUGAACCAGACAUGAUCGAUAUUUAUAGCGCAUCUUGGGGCUCAUUGUACGUUUGGGCAAGUGGUGAUGGUGGAGCAAAUGAUGAUUGUAAUUGUGAUGGUUAUGCAGCGAGUAUGUGGACUAUUUCAAUUAAUUCAGCUAUCAAUGAUGGACGAACAGCAUUAUAUGAUGAAUCAUGUUCAUCAACAUUAGCUUCAACAUUCAGUAAUGGAAGAUCAGACGAUCCACACGCCGGUGUGGCAACAACCGAUUUAUACGGGCAAUGUACAUUAAAACAUAGUGGAACAUCGGCCGCAGCGCCCGAGGCAGCUGGUGUUUUUGCUUUAGCAUUAGAAGCAAAUCCAAAUUUAACGUGGCGUGAUAUACAACAUUUAACAGUAUUAACAGCUAAACGUAAUCAAUUAUAUGAUCCAUCUAAACAACAUUUAUGGCAUAUUAAUGGAGCUGGUCUUGAAUUUAAUCAUUUGUUUGGCUACGGUGUAUUAGAUGCUGGUGAUAUGGUACGUCAUGCUAAAGAUUGGAAACCAUUACCACCUCGAUAUCAUUGUCAAGCAGGACAAAUUUCUAAACGACAAAUAAUUCCAGAACAAGGUAAUCUUACAUUAAAAAUCACUACGGAUGCAUGUAAGAAUACACAAGAUGAAGUUGGAUAUCUUGAACAUGUGCAAGUUUUUGUUACAUUAAAAUCCAGUAGAAGAGGAAAUGCAGUUAUUUUUAUAACAUCACCAUUAGGAACAAGAUCAUUGAUAUUAAGUCGUCGCCCGCUUGAUGAUGAUUCAACAAAUGGUUUUUAUAAAUGGCCAUUUAUGACUACACAUGCAUGGGCUGAAAAAGGUCAAGGAACAUGGACUCUUGAAAUAUUAUUUGAUAAUGAUGAUAAUGAAGAUGCUCCAUUAACAAAACAACAAUUAAUGGAUAAACAAAAACAAAAAAAUCAAACUGUUAAUAACAAUUUGAAUAAUAAAAAGACAACCGGUGAAUUUUUUGAAUGGACACUUCUUUUACAUGGUACACGUGAACAACCAUACAGUAAUCAAACACAAACAAAUUGGAAAUCAAAAUUAGCUAUUGCAAAACAAAUACAUGAAAAUAAUUUUAAAGAUAAAGCAAAAUAUAUUGAAUUAUUAAAACAAGAUCAUCAAAAACGUUUGGGAAGUGAUGAUAGUAUGAUGGAAAGAAAAUUUUAA